AUGGAGGAUAUUUAUGCAGCCCUCGAUGGCGAGAACAUCCUCCCCAAGCUUGCCUCGCAGCUCAGCAGACAUUUGCUGUUUCCACUCGUCGAAUUCGAGGCAGGUAGAGCUGAGGACAACGGAAACGAGGAGAAGGCUAGGCAGAUCUUGAACGGCAAGCUCAAGCUGCUGCAGGACACCAACAUGGCUGACUACGUCGCCGAACUCUACAAAGAAGUGCACAAUGUGAACGAGGCGCCUGCCGAGUACGCCAAGAAGCGCAACGAUGUCAUUGCCCAGCUGGAGAAGUACGAGCAAGAGACGGCCCGCAUCUCGGAACUCCUGACACGCGAGGAUGUCGUGGGACAGCUGCGCAGCGACAAGGUGGCCAACUUGGAGUUCUUGAAAAAGGACCACGAGGUCACUAUUGAGAUGGUCGAUUCUUUGUACGACUUUGGUCAAUUUCAAUUCCGUUGCGGCAACUAUGGCGCUGCCGCAGACCUGCUCUAUCAGUUCCGCGUUCUCUCCACCGAUAACGACAAGGUGGCACAGGCGACAUGGGGAAAACUGGCAUCCGAGAUUCUAACGACGAACUGGGACUCGGCUGUUGAAGAGUUGAUGAAAGUCAAAGAGAGCAUCGACACAAAACUCUUCAGCAACCCCCGCGCUCAGCUUGAUCACCGCACCAUGCUAGUUCACUGGGCUCUCUUCCCCCUCUUUAACUCUGAAGCCGCGCGCGAGCCCAUUCUCGACCUCUUCUUCACUGCCCCUUUCAUCAACACAAUUCAAACGUCGUGUCCCUGGAUUCUGCGAUACCUGAUUGCCGCCGUUAUCACCGGUCGCUCCCGUAGCCGCAACUCGAGCCAGCACCAGAAGCAGAUGAAGGAUGUCGUCCGCUAUGUCCGGCAGGAAGCCUACGAGUACAGCGACCCUAUCACUGAAUUCAUCUCGGCUCUCUACAUUGCCCACGAUUUCAACGCCGCUCGCGAAGCCCUCGCUCGUGCGGAGGAGGUCUGCCGAGGUGACUUCUUCCUCGGCGCGACAGCAGAUGCCUUUGUCGACGCUGCGCGCCACCUCAUCUGCGAGAGCUACUGCAAGAUCUUUAGCCGGAUGAACAUCCGCGACCUCUCUGCCAAGCUUGGCCUCAACCCCGAUGAUGGCGAGAAGUGGAUCGUCAAUCUCAUCCGCGAAACCCGCCUGGAUGCCAAGAUCGACUCGCGCGAGGGUACUGUCGUCAUGAACCACCCGCCUAACAACGUCUACCAACAGGUUAUCGAAAAGACGAAGGGUGGGUUCUUCCGGACGCAGGUACUCAACGCCGCUGUGUCCAAGUCGUGA